AUGUUAAGCAAGUGGGCCAAUCUAAUCGUGUUUAUUCUCAACUUAUUGGCUAUGAUGCAUCUCGGCAAGGCAGCAGGUGCAUGCAUGGAGGAAUUAGUCCCCAAACUCGGAAUGAGAAUUGUCAGUAUUUUUGAUGCCAUGACAAGCAGCUCAGUCGAAUUGGCUGUCGCAGCAUUUGCAUUAAUGAAGGGUCUUGUGCGCGUAGUGCAGGCAGCAAUGCUGGGGGCCAUUCUCAACAACCUAUUGAUGAUGAUGGGUAUCGCACUAUGUGUUGGAGGCUAUUAUCACCGUGAACAGAAAAUCCAAGCGGAUACAUCUCAGACAGGAAUGAACCUGCUCAUGAUUGUUUGUAUAUCCUACGUGAUCCCUGUGGCACUUGAUACACAGCUUAUUGAAGCAACACGAGCUAUCACUGAAGGAGUCCAACACGAUCUCUGGACCAUCAGUAAAGUCAUGGCCAUAGUCAUGUUAAUUCUAUAUGGAUGCUGUCUUUUGUUCCAAUAUGAUUCCACAUCCUUUAUGGUCACACCAGAAGCUAAGCACACAGGCGCCCAUACUGUUCACCGUCGAAAUGUUCAUUACUGGUUCGCAGGCUUGGGUUACUCAGUCAUGCUGGGGGCUCAGAUCUAUUCCGCCAAUCUGUUGGUUCAUGCUGUUGAAGCGCUUGGGAAGCAGUUCCACCUGAAUGACUCAUUUGUAGGAUUUGUCUUGCUGCCAAUUGUGUUAAUUGCAGAUCUUCAGGAGGAGGUCAUUGCUAUCAAAGAAAGUCGUGCCAAUCGUUUAGAUCGAUCCAUUGCAUUGAUGGUUGGCAGUUGUAUGCAGAUCGCACUUUUAGUCACCCCUCUCUUAGUCCUGUUAGGUUGGGUCGUCGAUGUGCCUAUGACUUUCCGGUUUAGUCUCUUAGAGGCAGCUGUUUUGGCAGGGUCUGUUUUGAUUGUCAACUACUUGCUACAAGAUAAUGAAACUAAUUGGCUGGAGGGAUGUUUAUUGUUGGCUGCGUUCUUCAUGUGUGCUUUGGCAUUUUACUAUGAUAUUAAACCCUUUGAGUCAGAAUUGGGCAGUGGAGACCAUGAACCAGGAGCUGGAAGCCAUCAUUAA